CUCUCCGCAGCUGCCGAAGUCGAGUUUGACAGUUGAAUCUAGUAGUUUGUAUUGUAUUCAGAACGUCUUUAAUAUGGGAAUAUUGACCGAAUUUACGUUUACAUUAAGUUUUACUAUUAACAUGGAAAACAACAGCGUAAAAUAGUUUUGGGGAAUCGCUGCGUCUCGACCGACAGCUAACUUAGUCGGUUCCUGAGUUACCUUAGCAGGCUUCCCCGCAGGUAAGACACCUGUCUCCGGGAGAAUGGACGUCUUCAGACGCUCGGUACCUUUUGGGCUGAAUCCUGCAGCUGUGGCUUAUGCCAUGACUACGCUGGGAUCGGCCAUGAUAAACAACGUAUUUAGCUUCUACUAUGUCAAACUCUUUCUCAAUAAGUACAAGAUAUCAGAGGGAGCAUUCCACCAAUCACAAGUGGUGUACAUGGUUUGGAAUGCAAUCAAUGACCCUCUUUUUGGCUACCUACAAGAUAAUUCCAGAGUGCCCUGCUGCUCUCAGAGACGUCUAUCCAUCCUAUAUGGUGCUCCCCUCUACUCGCUGGCUUUUCUCCUGGCCUGGUUCCCGUGGCGGACCUACACCCCCGGGGACUGGUUGAGCGGGUUACACUUGACCGUGGCUCUGUGCGCUUUUGAUGCCAUGUUGACUUUUGUGCUGCUGGCACAAUGUGCAUUGUUUGCAGAGAUGUCUAGCCACCAUCAGAGCAGAUUAAGACUUAUAAACUACAACCAGGUGGCUUCUCUCCUCGGCUCUUCCAGUGUCCUCUUCUGUGGUGUCCUCUCCAGUAACAUGGAGGAUUUUGCAUCCUUCCAAGCCUUCACAGUGCUGAUCGCUGUCCUGAGCUGUGUCUGCAUGGUCUACACGGGCCUCAACAGUGAGAGCCGCUUUGAUAGCAAAGUAUCUGAAUCUGAUGCACUGAUGUCCCCCGAUGAGACUUCCCAUAAGUCGGACUGUUCGUUUUCCAUGUUAAAAACGUUGACGUGGCAGAUUCUGAGCAACAGGGACUUCCUGCUUUUUGUGUGCAUGAACUUCUUCCAGGUUUUCAUGUUGGCUUUCUUCAAUAAUUUUACCAUGAUAUUUGCUGAGCACCUGAUUCCUCCAAAUGUGCUCCCAUCCUUGGCCAAAAGCAUCAUGUACGGAGCGGGAUUCAUCUGUCCACAGCUGUUAGUAUUGAGUUGUCGGAAUCUGAUCCAGGAUCUUGGUUACUACCGGCUAAUUCUUUUUACCUUCUACAUGGAAGUGGGAAUGGCAGCUCUCAUGCUGGCACUCGGGCCUCAGCACUACUAUUUUAUGGCAUUUUUCCUCACAGCUAACAUGGUCAUAAUCCAAGCCGCCUUCAGUCUUUUUGGCUUGCCUUUGGCCGACAUCAUUGACACCGACCUGCAGAAGUACAAACGCAGUUCCCCUCUCUCCUCGAUGGUGUUUGGAACAAAUGCUUUGUUCACCAAACCAUCUCAGUCUCUCGCCCCGAUGAUAGUCCUCAAUAUCCUCAACCAGUUUGGAUAUGAACAGCUGAAGGAUGCUGCAAGGGGUUCAAAUGACAGCGCCGCAGAGAGUCUCCAUAGUGUCAUGUUCUACUUGGUGUGUCUGGUGCCCAUGUGUGUCGCUGCUCUGCAAGCCCUCGCUUGGAGGCCGUUUUCCAUACGCAACAGUCACACGGUCGACAUCAAGUACGUUGACGGCUGACUUAUAACGUUUCGUUGUUCAAAGAAAGCUUUGUUGCUAUUCCCUCAGCUGAGACUUGAGGAAGUUCCUUAGUGUCAAGUUUGAGAUUGUUUUCCUUCUUUCACUGUAUACUCCUGGGUUGUACUGCAUUGAUGUGCGUGUGUGAGUAUGUUUGCUUUUGUUUAGCUGCAGUUGAUUGACAGUAACAUUCUGAACGGUUGCUGUGCUCGCCAAAAAAAGGGCCGAUACCUCAGGACGCGUUUGAAGCUCUUGACAGAGGCACUGCACUUGGUGAAAUGUUGACACUAAAGAAAAAUCAAGGUAUUCUCAACAAUAAUUCCUGAUUCAUACUGAGCGUUUUCUUUCAUCAAUGGUAACGGCCAAUUCAUUCUUUUUUUUUGCUCUGUAAUUAGUGGCUUCAGUGCAGAACAUUCAGUAAUCUCUGCUGUAAACCAAAUUAGCAGUAGCAGAUUUAAUUCAUGCCACACUCCAGAAGAUAGUGAUUCCACUCGAUGCUAUGACAUGCAUUUAUUUAUUUUUUAUUUAUUGGGCUUUAUACAGAGCGUGGCGCUGUAUAUUACAACCAAUACCUGAGGUGAGCGUAAAUGUUUGAAGCCAAAAAGAUGCCAACACCAUUUACGCUGAAUCACAGAAGGCAGAAAGGGAAAAACUCUGAACAAAUAAUGUUUGAGUGAAUGGUCUACAUCUAAAAGUUCAUAUCACAGCUUUUGAUGCGUGAAAAUGCACAUUGACAUCCAAACAUUCCCUUUGACUUCAUAAAGUAAAUGCUAAAUGUGUUCUGUUGGUAUUUGCAUAAAAGUUAUUGUACAGAAUAUGACACAGCAGGAUGCCUCACAAACGGGUUGUUGAAAUAUUGCCGUAUUGUGAGUUCAAGUUGAUUAAUCUUUACACCAAAAGCCACUGUAGCAUCAGAAACUCAACAUUUUGCUUUUUACCACUGUAAUCGUAUGUAAAUAUAAAAAUGAGUAAUGUGCCUCUAAUGUAAUUACAUUGUUUGGUCACCUUGUAAUCAAAAUACUUUUAUAAA